GGGGUCUGGUGAAGGCUGUGUCAACAUGGAGGCAGAGCAGAAGACUCACAUCAACCCAGCAGAUUAUUUCAACCCGGAUACCCCAGUGCAUGACCGAGGGUUCCUAAGGAAGUUAUGGUUUCCCUUCAUCCUGGGUGCCUCCGGCUUUGGCAUGGCUUGUUUCUUGAAUAUAUAUAACAGGAAACCGAAAUUCAGCGGUAUACAGCAACAUGUGAUGUUUUCUAGUCUUGGGAUACUUCUUGGCAUUAGUGCCACUAGAUGGCUAGCACAGAGAGCGGCUGAGAGGGACCACAUUUAUUACCAUUAUAUGCUUGCUCACCCGGAUGAUUUUCCACCUAUUGAAAGGAAGAAAUAUGCUGAAGUCAUAGAAAAAUGGGUUCCUAUCCGCUGAUGUACCUCACUCGGUCAAGAUAGUGCAGUCUUAUUUGAUCUACACAACUCAGAUUAUCUUUCUUGUUUUCUCAUUGUUCUAUAAGAAAGACUAUUUUGUGUGGUAAGGCAUUUCUGUCAUACUGUACACUGAAGUGCAUCAUAAGUCAAAAUCUGUAUAUUAAAAGGCUUAAAAUACAAAUUACUGAACUUCAACAUGUUACUUAUGACAGACUGGGUGGUACUGUCAUAUUAUGCCCUGAGGAUAAUAUAGAUAUGUAUAUAUAAAUAAAAUCUUCAUAUUU